AUGACCAAGGCUGCAAUGCUGCUUCCAAAUUACGGUUUCGAUCCUACAGAGGCUGCGAUUCCGUACAAAUAUUUGACUGAGAAAGGAUGGGUGAUCGAUAUUGUGACGGAAUCUGGCAAAUGUCAGUUACCCCUCUCCAACUUGCCCACAGACUGGUCACUUCUUUAUCACAUCGUACUUGCACCAAAGGCGGAUCAAAUGAUGCUCACCGGAACUCUUGCUAGUCUUCUGGGGGCCAAGGCUGCUGCAAAGGAUGCCUACACGAAUUCGUUGAGCGCGUCCACUUCAUUCAAGGAACCCAAGGCAUGGAACGAUCCCGAGUUCUCCUUGACACAAUACGACGUGGUCAUUAUUCCUGGCGGACACGAGAGACGUGGAGAGAAUAAAGAAGACGAACCAUCAAAAGGUGUCCGGCAAAUUAUCGAAAGCAGGCAUCUCAGAUCAUUGCUGAGUGAGAUAUGGCCGUACACCAGAGAUAAGGACGGGUCGAGUGACAAGAAGAUGGUCGUAGGUGCUAUCUGGUUCGUCGAGAUAUUGACCACUGUCUAUCUGUUUGACUUCACAAAGGAUGAAACUGGAAAUUCUAUCCUCUACGAUCGCAAAAUGACGACUCUGCCAGAACAUUUGGAGCGAUUAGCCCACAGCCUAACUGGAGCCUUUAUUGGUGAUUAUUACAGGACGUAUCCUGGGAGAUACACAGCUGCGUUGGUUCAAGAAUGCCUCGCGACUCCCGAGCAAUAUCUACCAGGACUGCUGAACUUGACGGGCUAG